AAGAUAAUCAGUUAGCAACGGAUUUAGAUGCGUGUGAAUGUUUACUCGCGUCACAUUCUCAAGUCAAAGUCACUAGUGGUGGCCCGUUAUUUUAACUCAUCGCCUACUUUUUAAUACUUUUAAUGUCUCGCAGUAACCUGAUUCGCGUUCGUUGUCUCACUGUGUUGUUAUUAGCUCUUUGUACUGUUAAUUCAAAUUUUACGACUUAAAGUCCGAUGUUGCAUAAUAAACCACUUGCGUUAUCGGAUUUAUUGUUUACAAAUAAACUAUUUUUUUCAUUGACCCAAGGUGUAAUUUUUUUAAUUAAAAAAGUUUCGUGUUAGUGGAACGACAUGAUGAAAACUUUAAAAAAAAGUUUUUUAAACAUAUCAAUUGUGUUAAUUUGCUAUGGAUAUUUAUGCAAAAUCAUAAAUUAUGACUAAGGAAAUGCAAAUGGCAAUAAUGAGUUUUAUCGAUAGGUCGUGAGAUACCAAUCAAAAUGAUACGUCAUGUAACGCUCAUUUUGUUAUUGACUGUGACAAUACCAUGUGCCCGUGCAUCGAAUCAAUGUCUUACAUCACAAAAAGAAGUAAGUCCAAAGCGCUUCAUUCAUUUGGAUGGACAAUCCCUUGAACUUUCAUUCGAAUUAACUCGGCGACCAACUCAACGGCUAGCAACACGAGUUAUGAAGAUAUUUCUGAUUGAGAUACUUGGCUAUCCGGGUGUCAAAUUGAUUGAGAAGGACGACUGGUUUGAUGCAGUAACUGUAUUUUCCAGAAUGUCAGAGACAUUAUUUUACAAUGACCAAAGAGUUGUUCCAGAAACGAUGGUAAACAUGGAAGCAUGGAUACCACCUCAAGAAGACACCACACAAAUCUUAAACCGCUAUGACGUCAAAGAAUGUGGUUCUAUAACAACUCCUGGCAGAUUCAGCUGGUACAUUCCGGUAGAACUCAGCGACCCAGAUGACAACUGGCGAACGUUUGCUUACCCAAAAACAGCGUCUCGUUUCGACCUGAACGACACUAUUUUGACACUGAUUCAAAAUUUGACCCAAGCACCCAACGGGCGUUAUUACUGCCAAGAAGCAUUUUGCAACAAAGGAAUGUACAUUCCAGCUCACUGUCAGAAGCAAGAUAUCCACGACUUAAACUCAUCUUGUGCUCUCCUCCUAGCAUCCGAAUCAGACGUCACUUAUUUCAUCAAAGACCAUAUAGAUAUCUUGAACUUGUACGUGAAAGUCGCCUGGAUCGGUCCUCAUUUGAGGAACUUCACUCGAUUUCUAACCAAAGAAUAUCUUGGAACGUACAAUACCAAUCCUCAAUCAUUCGCGAUCUUGCACUGGACACCAAGCGAUGUGAUUCCCAAUGAGCGGGACUUCAUAGCGGUAGAAUUUCCUGGAUGUGGUAGCAGAGGCUUGAACAUUGGUUGCGUUUACGAGUCCAAUCGACUGGUUAAGCUAGCUUGGUCUAAACUAGAGUCAAUUGCGAAAUUUGCUUGGGAAGCAAUCAAUCGUGCGCAGUUCAAUGUCGAUAUGUAUGAAGAUUUGAUUGAUCGUUACAAUCGUUUGAUUGAUUUCAAUGUCACUGAGGAUGCUAUUGCGUGUGAUUGGUUGAGAGAUAAUUUGAACUACACAUUACGUCACUGGAUGCCAAGCAAUGAUGACAAGAAUGUUCUGUAUAUUGGUGGAAUAUUUCCCAUGUCUGGGACACCUUACACCACCAAAUCUAUCGCAGUCGCAGCACUCAUGGCUAAACAAGCUAUCAACCUCGAUAAUACUAUACUACGUGAUUAUGACAUCACGCUUUUAGCAAGCGACGGACAGUGCAAGUCAGAUAUGGUGAUGAAAUCCUUUAUUGAUUACAUUGUCCAUAACUAUUACCAGAAGCUGAUUGGCGUAUUGGGUCCAGCUUGUUCGGAAACUAUCGAACCACUGAUUGGAAUUUCACGGCACUACAAAACGAUGAUCAUCAGCUAUAGCGCUGAAGGUUCUACUUUCAAUGAUCGAAGCAGAUAUCCGUAUUUCUUCCGGACGAUUGGAGAAAACAAGCAGUACCGAAAUGUCUACUUGCAGUUCUUCGAACACUUUUCCUGGAAACGGGUUGCAGCUCUGACGGAGGAUGGUCAAAAAUAUACGGAGUAUAUUUCAUAUUUGCAAGAAACUUUGAGAGAUCAUGAGAUUAAUUUUGUUGCUAAUGUUAAAUUUCCAAGGGAGCGAGAGAGACAUGAGAUGACUGAGUAUCUUGAGGAUUUAAAGCAAAUACGGGCGAAAAUAAUUAUUGCUGAUGUUUACGACACAAUAGCACGACAAGUCAUGUGCGAGGCUUAUAAGCUGAAAAUGACGGCGUAUGAUGGUUAUGUAUGGUUCCUACCAUUAUGGCUCCAAGAAGAUUGGUACGACACCGACAAACACAACCAAAAUGGUGAAGACAUCCUAUGCUCGACAUCAGAAAUGAACGAAGCGAUAAACGGGCAUCUCAGCGUUUCAUACUUAUACUUCGCGAAUGACAAUACUAUCAUGCAAGAGGGUAUAAAAGUGCGUGAAUGGCGAGAUAAAUAUGAAGAAUCAUGUCGUAGUCGAAAACUAUCACCAUCACCUUACGCCGGAUACGCUUACGACGCCAUGUGGACUUACGCUUACGCGAUAGAUAAUUUGCUUAAAGAGAACCAAAGUUACAUCGCCGAUUUGCAUUCCGACCAAACCGUAAAUCGGAUGACAGAUAUUAUUGCGUCAAUCGAUUUCGAAGGCGUUUCGGGCCGGAUAAAAUUCUACGGUGGGCCAUCUAGAGCACCAAUCAUCACGAUUAUCCAGCAUAUAAACAACGAAAUCAAAACUGUCGGGAACUUUUUCCCAAACGUUUCAGAAACCAAAGGUGAAGUUAUUGGCGGUCAAUUGAUUCUCAAUGAAUCUGCAAUUGUGUGGCUGAGUUCGCAAGUGCCGAAUGAUGGAUCCGAACCACCUGCCAGGUGCAUCCUAGCUGGCCUAGCAGAAUUGUUGGACGUUAGUUGCGAGGUCGCGAUUGUCAUUGCCAAUGUCAUUGGGUUGAGUCUCUUGGGCGCUGUUUUGAUCACUGGUUUUGUGAUCGUCAAGAAAAAAUACGAUGAGAAGGUUCGACUUCAGGAGAAAGUUCUUGAGUCCUUUGGUCUAGACCCACGGCAAGCAACUUUGGACUUAGAUAAAUGGGAGAUACCACGUGAAAGAGUUGUCAUUAAUCGUAAGAUAGGUGAGGGUGCUUUUGGAACGGUUUACGGAGGAGAAACCUUCUUUCCAGAAAAGGGUUGGUUGGCUGUUGCCGUCAAAACGCUCAAGUCAGGCAGCACUACAGAGCAGAAGUUGGAUUUCUUGAGCGAAGUUGAAGUCAUGAAACGUUUUGAACAUAAAAACAUCAUCAAGCUACUGGGGGUUUGCAUUAAAACCACGCCUGUGUUGACAGUCAUGGAGUUUAUGCUUUAUGGUGAUCUGAAGACUUACUUACUCGCAAGAAGACAUCUGGUUAAUGACUCACACUAUGAAGACACUGAUGAAAUAUCUAAUAAGAAACUCACUGCAAUGGCGCUAGAUGUCGCUCGCGCUCUGAGUUAUUUAGCGCAGUUAAAGUAUGUUCACAGAGAUGUCGCAUCACGUAAUUGUCUGGUUAAUGCUCAGAGAGUUGUUAAGCUCGGUGAUUUUGGAAUGACGAGACCGAUGUAUGAAAACGAUUAUUACAAAUUCAAUCGUAAAGGCAUGUUACCCGUCCGUUGGAUGGCACCAGAAUCAUUAAGUCUAGGAGUGUUUUCACCUGCGUCUGAUGUCUGGUCUUAUGGCGUGUUGCUCUACGAAAUAAUUACUUUCGGAAGUUUUCCAUUUCAAGGGUUAAGCAACAACCAAGUUUUGAGUUAUGUCAAGGAAGGAAAGACACUUGAUAUACCCAAAGGAGUUAAACCGCAAUUGGAAGCAUUGAUAAAAGCAUGCUGGGCAUUUGAUUAUCCAAAAAGACCAUCAGCCCCAGAAAUAGUAGACUUUUUGGCAAUGAACCCCCGCGUACUAUGCCCAUGCCUUGAUGGUCCUUUGUCAAGUGUCCAGAUAGACCACAGUGGCGAUGUAGACUCACUGACAAAAUCAUCCAAAAAACUGUCGCUGUCACUUGGUUGGCCUCCACAACGCCAACAGCCAUCACCAUCGACAUCCGAUCAACUAACUGUGCCCAAUUUUUUAAAUGCUCAAUUACUCGAUAUUAAUUUAGAUUCAAAUAAUGCUCAGAAUAUUGAUAAUGAUGAUAAUGAUACUGAUGAAGAUGAUAAUCAUUCACCUUUGUUAGCAAACAACAAUAACAUUAAUGAUAAUGUUAAGAUUAACAACAAUCAACUGCCAAUUUUUAGUCAUAAUCAUAGUAAUAAUAGUGAAAACAUUCCAAAGUAUGUUAAUGUUCAACUUGGAGGAUUAGCUAAUGGUAUUAUACAAGUAAAAGAACAAACCAGUAGUGAUUCGCUACAAGAUGAGCCGAAUGUUAUGAAUUUAAUAGUUUAAAAACUUUGAAUCUCGGAUGAUGAAAGUUUAGAUGCUUAGGGAGUUUUAUUUGAGACGAUUUUUUUUUUUCGCUGGCACGAAAAUAUUAACUCCUGACAGGCAAACAUCUAAGCUGUAUUCCUUUAACAGCAAUGAGGGUAAAAAAAACUAGUACAAUUUAAUAUCAAGUAUUCAAUUAAGGCAAAGAAAUUUUGAUUAACUUCCCACUAAGAAAGUCAAUGAUUUUCAAAAAAUUGAGAAGUUAUUAGUUUCACCCCGACUUUAGAAAAUCGAAUUCUCAUCAGAUCUGUACGUUUUGAGGUCUUAAGAAGCUAUUCGCCCGGUGCACGUGGGCGGAGCAACAUCACUAAUACGACUUCAUUAACAGUGUGUUACGUGUUGAUGCAUACUGAUAGCGCCACCUAAAAUAAUGCUCAACAUUCUUUCAUGCUUAACGUAUACACGUGUGUACACUCAUUUUUGACUAGUAUAUGUGCGUGCACCCAGCCAAUUCUGACUAUAUCUACGAGGGUGUCUCUUCGUAUGUAAACAUGUAAACAUCUUAUAACUUUGCAAUGCAGUAUCUAAUCAAAAAACGGUUUGCGGCAUCCGGAAGGGCCUUGCUAAACUUAAAUUUUCUGUGAAUUGAGAUUGAAUUGGCAUGGAAGAUUCGGAAAAAACCUCAAAAAUUCGAGUUUUUUUAAUUUUCAAAAAAUGGUUUUCUUGGAAUUAAUUCAAUACUUCUGGUUCAAUCAAUUCUAUGAUUUUAUCAGCUCUUCUACUCGAAAAACGACGUCGGUUACCAUGAGCCACAUGAGAAUCGAUUAAUUCUUUCGAGAGAUAUCGCUGUUGCAAGAAAUCUUAAAAAAGUGUUAUUUUAAAAUAACUUUAAAAAUUACCGUCAAAUGAAUUUUGUCGAGAGGUAUCUAAUUUUUAAAAAAUCAACAAAACAUGGUUUUUCAACUAUUUAUCAGAACGUAUUUCUUCCUGAGAAUUAUGGUAAAGUUUUCUUAGUCACGUUAAAUGCCAACAAGCGUUCUAAAGUUAGAUGAUUAAUCCGAUAGUUAUUAAAGAUUAAAUAUUUUAAAAAAAGUUUUUUAUUAAAUAGAAACUAGACGUUUGAGCUCGAAGAGCUCAAGAACAUCGUAACAGCUUAAAUUUGAAGCGCUUUGCAUUUGAAAUUAGUGGAAAGUUGCAGUGAUGGCCUGUAGGGUUAACCGUUUAACUAAUUUUUUUGUUUUUAAUUUAAAACUUAAAUAAUUCUGCGUAAGAUAGAUAUAAUUUUGAAAUGAUUUAAUAAUAAGAAAAAAUAACAUUUAAUAUCAACAAAGUCUGUGAAAUUGCAAUGAAAUUAAAUUUUAAGGGUGGGAACUGUUUACGUAGCUUGCCUGUCAGGGGUUAAACUCAAAGUUCAUAACCGAAUUAUUAGAGAGAAAAAUGUUGUCCAUAAGAAUUAGAGAUAACUACGCAUUUUAACGGUAUGGACGUAAGAUUUAACUUUGUAUAAAAAAUUAUGAGCUGAAAUCUUGAUGGAAUAUUUUUUUUUCGAUGUUUAGAAUAGCAGUGAAAAAAAAAGUUAUCGCUUAAAACAAAACAUCCUAUUAUAUGUUUAUGAAAUAAAAGUCAAUACGUCGAUGAUAAAUUUACAAAACUUUUCACAGAAAAAACUAUAGUUUAAAAGAAAUUAUUUUAUAACCAUUACGAUGUGAAAAAAUUUUUGAUCGCAUGUAAGCUAAAAGUGCAAUAGCUGUAAACAUUUUUAAAGCUUAUUUUUCAUCACUACAUUCGUUCCGUUUCAUUGCAUAUAAUGUAAGGAUAAAAUGUAAUAAUGCAAUUGAAUUUAUUUAACAUCAAAAGUUGUUUAUUUCAUAUUGAAAUCAAAGCAUUGAACAGAAGGCUACUUUGAGACAGAAAGAGGCGAUUUUAGAACAAACCUUUUUUUUAUUUUUUAACUUAGAUUAAAAAUCUCUAAAAUAAUCCUAUAUUAUAAAAUAGAUGAAAGUCUUGAAGUUAGUCAAAGAUCGAAACUCGCAAAAUACGAGCCACGAUUCAUUAUUGGUUACAAUUUAGGCGCGCGCGUAGCGCGCUAUUCAAAUUUCUAGUUAUCUUAUAGAUUCAAAUAAAUGUAAGACAAUUCAAUAGAAGCUUUAAAAAUUUUUCAACAUGAAACGCUUUGGUAGUUUGUAAUUUAUGGGCACUUGAGUUCAAUUACACUUUUAGUGACACAGAUCAAAUAAUUGUUACUGAUACAAUACAAUACAAUAAAAUAAAAAAAAAUUUUUUUUCCUUAAGUAUGCUCGAGAAAAAUAACGAAAUGAUCAAUGGAAUAUAAUUUCAUGGAAGUUCUUUGAUUCGAUCAUAAUUUAGCGUAACAUGACAUUUACUGAUAAACUGUCUCUUCAAUCUAGUCAAUUUUAUAUCUUGUUAUUAAUUUAUAGAAUAUUUACGAAAUAAAUAAAUAAAUUAUUUAAUAAUUGUUAAAACAA